AUGUCUCGAAAUGUCGAUAAACUGCCCAUGCCGGCUGAAGUGAAGAAGAUGAAAGUCGUCGUCGCAAGUGCUAGCCGAACAGGUACCCUCGGCCUCUACCGCGCAAUGCAAAUCCUAGGAUACAACCCGUACCACAUGUACGAAUGCUGUCUCAUACAAGGAACACCCCAUAUGAAGACUCUCCAAGAAGCUAUCACCGCGCAGCACAACCGUUUCUCCGGAAAGCGGAAAUUCGAGAAGCCGGAUUUCGAUCGGUGGUUGGGAGAUUACGAUUGUAUUGUUGAGGUAGCAAGUUUCAUCGGCCGAGACGCGAUCAAGGCCUACGCCGCCGACCCAGAUGUCAAAUUCAUCCUCACAGAACGAAGCCCGGCGAAAUGGGCAAAGUCGGUUAACAAUACCGCGGGAGUAAUGGUACAAAUGGCACACUCGCUCCCCAUGGGUAUUCUAAAGCACUUCAAUGAAUACUUGAGCAUCUUUUUCUCGCUCAAUGUUACGGUUUAUGGUGCUUGGUCUGGUAGUACGCUUCCCGGGGAGGCGGAUAAUGAGCGAUUGUUGAGGGAGUAUUAUGUCGACUAUAUCAAUAUGGUCAAAGAGACUGUGCCUGCCAACCAGAUCUGCGUGAUUCAGCUCGAAGACGGACUCGAUUGGUCUAAAAUCUGUCCCUUUUUGGGAGUUCCUAUUCCCAAGGAGGAGUAUCCGGAUCGCAAUGAGCCAGAUAAGUUUCAGGCGAUGGUUAAGGAAGGGUUGCAGCCGCAUGUUAAUGCUGCAUUUUUGAAGGUGGGUGCCUUGGUGGUGCCGGCUCUUGGAGUUGCGGGGUGGAUGGCGAUGAAGUAUGGGCCUUCUGCCUUGAAGGCUGUUUCUUCGGCAUUUGCUUAG